AUGGUGGACAGCAUUGUAUGGGAGUGUGUGGGUGGUAGACUGGUAGGUGAAGGUGGAGAUGGACUGGAGGAUGGUUGUGAUGUGAUUGACAGUGAUGGUGGCUUUGUGGUGCUCAAUGGAUGGGUAGUGGCGCUAAUGGCAAUGGAUGAUGGUGAAGGCUUUUCAAGAGCAGCUUGUUUUACAUUUGCAAUUGUUUGGCAGGAGGGCUUAUCUGUUGCAGCUGUGAGCCGCCGCCUUGUGAGAGAAGCUGUUCGGGAGC